AGCUCCAGCGGAGGGAGAGCAGGUGCUGAGAAGAAGCGAGGCGGAGCGGGGCUGAUCAGAGGAGCGCAGACAUGUCCAUAUUUACUCCCACUAACCAGAUCCGGCUCACUAACGUGGCCGUGGUGAGGAUGAAGAAAGGAGGCAAGCGCUUCGAAAUCGCCUGUUAUAAGAAUAAAGUCAUGAGCUGGAGAGCGGGAGCAGAGAAGGAUCUGGAUGAAGUACUUCAGACACACACAGUGUUUAUGAACGUUUCAAAGGGCCAAGUGGCAAAAAAGGAAGACCUGGCGAAAUCCUUUGGAACAGAUGAUUUAACAGAAAUAUGCAAACAGAUUUUAGCAAAAGGAGAGCUUCAGGUGUCUGAUAAAGAGCGACAGACUCAGCUGGAGCAGAUGUUCCGAGACAUUGCCACAAUAGUGGCAGAGAAAUGUGUGAAUCCAGAAACCAAGCGGCCGUAUACAGUGAACCUGAUAGAGAGAGCCAUGAAGGAUAUUCACUACUCUGUUAAAGCAAAUAAAAGCACAAAACAGCAGGCACUUGACGUCAUCAGACAGCUGAAGGAAUCCAUGCAGAUUCAGAGAGCUCACAUGCGACUUCGCUUUACCCUGCCGGCCAAGGAAGGGAAGAGGCUGAAGGACAAACUCAAACCCCUCCUGAAGGUGGUGGAGAGUGAAGACUUUGAUGAUCAGCUGGAGAUGGUCUGUUUGAUAGAUCCAGGCUGCUUUCGGGAGAUCGACGAGCUGAUCCGCUGCGAAACAAAGGGAAAGGGCUCAGUGGAGGUGCUGAGUCUCAAAGAUGUGGAAGAAGGAGAUGAGAAACUAGAAUAGCCAGCUUGCACAGAAUAGUCUAGAAUGGUCUGCUUGCACACACUUUAUUCACCACACUAACUAAAGAAGUAUGCAUUUUUUGUGGUUUAUUUGUUUUUUACUAAAACUGUUUUUGACAGUUUAUUAACUUAAGACUGGGUUUACUGAAGCCUUUAGCAGCUUUUUUUUUAAUAAUCUGGUUUGAAGAAUGCUUAAGAUAAAUUGGUCGAAUAGUUUUUGUGGACCAGUAUUAUAUUAUAAUAAUUUAUACAUAAAAGAACUUACACAACUGCUUGAGGCUUUACUAAAUCUCUCUUAAAAGGUUUAAGCAGCUUUUGAGCAAGAUCAUAUUUCAACUCAAAUCACAAUUAAGGGUUUGUUUUCUGUGAAAAUUUAUGUGAUUUGUAUGAUUGACUGCAAGACAGACUGUGGACUGACUUAUUGUAAUAAAUUACAUGCACAUGUAAUGGAAUAACAAUAGGAAGUAGUUAAGUACCUUUGAUUAGACAUGUUUAUUGAUUAACACUGGAAUAUUAAUCCAGCUUGCCUUUCUUGAACAUGUGCCGCAGUAUCUGCCUUUUAACAGUACAGCUUUUGCUGCUGAGGUGAUGUCCAAAAUAUGUACUAAGAUAUAUUUACAGAAGGUGAAAGUAAAUAAAUCACAAGUGUGAUAAUAAUUAAAAAAAAAAAUCUU